CCGGAAUCUCUGCACCGCCGAUUUCGAACUUGGGGAAAAAUGGCAGGGACUUCCGCGCGCCCGCCGGAGCAGCAGGAGGGUGAAGAGGAGGAGGAGGAGGAGAAGCAAGUUAUGGCUACAGGGACGGGAUCAGCCCCGGCCUCGUCCGCAGCCCCCGUGGAGGACUUCCGGGUGCGCUGCGCGUCGCAGAAGGCGGUGGCCGAAGUGCUGAAGAUGUGCAGCCGCUUCAUCCGGGAGCUGGGGGACGUCCUGCCCGAGAAGAGCCGGGAGCUGGCGCUGAAGGACGCGCAGUGGAAUUUUGUAACUGCUGUGCAAGAGAAUGUGAGUUUCAAUGGGGAGGCGUGGCAGGAAACUUCAGAUAAUGAAAUUCCUGUAGAUCCUAAGAUCAGAAUUCUUGAAGAUCAGUUUGAUGAAGUUAUAGUAGAUACAGCUACAAAACGUAAGCAGUAUCCCAGAAAGAUUGCUGAAUGUGUCAUCAAAACCAUGAAAGCACAACAUGAAAUUUUGAAAUACUACCGGCCUGUUAUACAUCCAGAGGAGAUAAAACCUGAUGCCAAGCAAGAAUCUCACAUGGAAAAUUUGAAAUGCAGAGGAGAAACAGCUACCAAGCAGAUUACUGAAGUAAUGAAGUCCUUGCCAGUGUUGAUUGAGCAAGCAGAUGGGUUCUCCAAAGUUCUAACGAUGCAGCCCAUUCUACAACUUCAGAGGCUCCACCAAGAAGUUUUCUCUGGCAGCCACACGAAAGAAGCUGUAAAACCUGAGAGUUUUAUAACACAAGUAGAAACCAGCCCAACAGAGACUAAUGCCAGGAAAACCACUAACAUAGUACUGAAGAGAAAAAGACCAAAAAACUCUCCACAGAGAAAGCAGUAUCCAUUGCUGCAAAUGAGAAUUGAUUCAUGAGAUGCUCCUGUUUGUUUGGAAGUGGUAAACGGGCUUUAUCUGCAGCAUUAAGCCUAGCUGGAACUUUAUAGGAAAUAAAUUGAUUUCUUCAUCCAGUUGUGCUUUAAGCAAAUAUGAUAGCUGUAUAACCAACCAAUAAACAUGAUAUAAUGUAUAUAUUUCUUAAUUCACCAUUUCAUCUGCAACAAGAUGAAAAUUUUGUUUUGUUUGAGUUGGAGUAUGAUGGCCAUCAGUAAGCAGUGAUGUUGCAAAUGUUCUGUAUUCUCAGGUACCAUCUUUUUUUGUUGUCAUGGUUAUUUUCAUGGAAUUUCAUGGUUGAAGUAAACUGUUACACUUCCAUGAAUUAUAUCUUUUUAUAAAGAUAGCUUAACAACAAUUGACUUGUUUAACCUACUGAAAAGGAAUCAUCAGUUAUGAGCAACAGAUGUAAUUUUGAUGUUACAAAUUAAUGCCUAGGUGGGGAAAUGGUAUUAAUAGUGUUACUCCUAUUCCACUUAAUUUGGCUUUUUUGGACUUAAUGGAUUGGUAUUUUUGUGUAAAACUUUCAAAGGUUACUUAUAUUUAUUCAGACCGUAUUCUUGUAAAUAAAAGAAGACUCCAGUGUU